AUCCUCUAGUGACAUCUAGUGGUCAGAACUGGAAACUGCAGCGUUACUGGUUCGGAGUCCCUGCAUCAUUAAAAACACUUAACUAUUUCUGCUUGUUUUGAAUAAAAGCAGAAAAUUGUGCACAUGUGAAAAUAAUAUGGGCUGGACUCAAAAUUAAACAUGUGCAUGUGUUUAUAAGCUGCAAUAAACUUGCAUUCAAUUAAACGUGUUGACAUAUUUUUUUCAAACUACAUUCCUUCAGUAUUGAGCUGCAUGUAGGCGGUGCGGUGCUCUGCCCAUGCCCAGGGCUAUGUCAGAGGGGGGGGGCGGGCAGCAGCGCGGAGCUCCUCCCUCCUCCAGGCUGCCGUCACCGGCGCUGCUGGACCGGAGCAACUCGGCACCAACAACCAGCCGCCGGCUGCUCCUCCGUGCUGAGUGAAGACUCGGUGCAGCCAGGAGCUCUUCCCCCCCGUCCCGUCAUCUCUCACCAUUCACGGUAAAAAAACGACAUGGCUUCCGACGGCAUGGACGAGCGAUCCCCGCUGCUGUCGACCCCCAACUCCGAGAAUGUGACCCCCACUUUACCCCCGUACCUGCAGGAUUCAAGUCCCAGAGCCGAACUACCUCCUCCCUACACAGCCAUCGCCAGCCCCGACGGUGGCGGUGUGCCUGUCAUCAACUGCCGUGUAUGCCAGUCACUCAUCAACCUGGAUGGGAAGCUGCAUCAGCACGUGGUCAAGUGCACAGUCUGCAACGAAGCUACACCCAUCAAGAACCCCCCAACGGGGAAAAAGUAUGUGAGAUGUCCCUGUAACUGCCUGCUUAUCUGUAAAGACACGUCCAGGAGGAUAGGAUGCCCGCGACCAAACUGCAGACGCAUCAUCAACCUGAGCCCGGUGAUGGUGAUCCCAGAGGAGCAACCUGCCCAGCCGGCGCUGCCCAUCCAGCCUGAGGGGAUGAGAGUGGUCUGUGGUCACUGUGGCAACACCUUCCUAUGGAUGGAGCUGCGGUUUAACACACUAGCCAAGUGUCCCCACUGCAAAAAAAUAUCCUCUGUUGGCAGUGCGCUCCCGAGGAGGCGCUGUUGUGCUUAUAUAACUAUAGGAAUGAUCUGCAUUUUCAUUGGAGUGGGUUUAACAGUUGGUACUCGGGACUUUGCCAGUCGUUAUAAUGCCACCUAUGUGUCCUGGGCAUUCGCCUACCUGCUCGGCCUCAUCUGUCUGAUACGAGCCUGCUACUGGGGAGCUAUCAAAGUCAGCUACCCGGAGAAUAGCUUUGCCUAAGGGUGGGCACGGCCCUGCACGGCUGAAAGAACAUAUACCCCGCUUUUAGUUUUUUUUUCUUUUCAUCUUGUUCAGAUUUUCAAACCGCUCACCGUUCAGCGGCAGUGGAACGUCUGCAGGAGUGUGUCAAUGGGGUGUUUUGUGUGUGUGUGUGUGUGUGUGUGUGUGUGUGUGUGUGUGUGUGUGUGUGUGUGUGUGUGUGUGUGUGUGUCUGCUUGAAAGAGGUGUAUGUGGGAGAUGUGUCUCGUUUUGUUUGUGACUGGCUGAACUCGCUAAUGUGUGUCGAUCAAUCCCUUACUUAUCCACAAGGACUCAAAUCCUGCCCAGGUUUUGCAGAAAUUCGACAAAAAUGCAGAAUCAGGAACUUGUAUGAAUUAGUUCACUAAUUCAAAAACAGUGAUUUUUUUUCUUAAUAAAUACAAAAAUCAACUUGGCCUAUUCUGAUUUAAGAUUGAUAGUUUAGCAAACUGGAUGGAUUUGGUCUUUCUGGACCUUUUUUUUUUUUUUUUUUUUGUCAGAAGCCUGGCAGACAUGACGGUACCCACUUCUUUUGUUACAGACCAGACCAAAAUGAGACAACCAUUUUGCCCAUUGCACUACGAUUAUAUGCAAUUGUACGUGUUGUUUUGCUGCUAGUUAAACUUAAAAAGCUGCAUAUCCAUACUGUAUUGUAACCAUUUACCUUGCCUGUGUACACUGACAUAGUAUCGCAAUAUGAUUUUAACUCCGGAAAUGAUCAGUUUUUAAAAGAAAUGAUCCUUAACCCCCCCUCCCCCAUGCCUGCCAACUGCUGCCCAGUAUUAGUCGAGAAAAGCAACUGAUCAACAGGAGCUUGUUUUUAUUACAAUGUUCAUUUCUUUUGUGCCAUGCAGCUGUUAACUCACUACAGCAAUAAUCCUUUCGUCUGAGUUCUUUUGAAGGCCCUACAGUAUCUCCUUCACUGCAUUUAUGUUGCCUUCUGGUGGAAAAUAAUCCCAAAACAUGGUGACAAGCGUUUUUGCAUGUUGACUUGUUUAUGUUCUGUCACUGAGGUGGUGGUUUUUUUUUUUUACUGUGUCAGAGAGGUAGCUAAAGCGUAAAAUAUCCCCGUCUUAGCUCCUCCUGCCUGUGAUUUAGAAUGUAAACCCUCCUCCCUUUGCUUAUAUCGCUGCUCUCUGACCUCCAGUGAACUCUGUGCUAGCUAGCAUCGCCGUACGCUAACUCAGCAUCUCUCCGUCUCUUGACCUUGACCAGUGGGCACAGCUCAAACUUCUAACCUUGUUUUGAAUGUGAUGAUGAUGAUGAUGAUGAAAAUAAUAUUAAAAGAUACUCUUUGUACAUAGCUCAAAUUCAGUACUUGGAGAACUGUAGUGUGAUGUGGAAGGAAAAGAUGGCUCGUGGGUCUUUUUAAAAAUGAUAAUUUAUCAAUAAAAUGUAAAAACUGA